UAAUUUAGAAAAAACAAAAAUGAGGGCAGUCAGUUUUGUAAAAAGGUUGCAGUGGGAUUUACCUGGUACUGUCUGUAGACAUGGCCUAACAAUAGGAGACGUAGACAAUGAUGGUGAUAAUGAAUUAGUUGUUGGCACUACGGAAGGAGAACUUUACAUCUUUAAAGGAUCGGAGUUAUGGCAAAAGAUAUCUGGACUAGGUCUUGUUACCAGUGUAGCAGUAGGAGAUAUUUUUAAUUAUGGAAGAAAUGCGUUAGUUGUGAUAUGUGGCGAUGGCUGGGCACACAUAUUUUAUAGUCCAAGGUCUGUUAAUCCUAAUAUCACCAAUGCAACAAGUACCAUUCAGCAAUCAACUAAAGAUGUGAUUGAUCAAGAUAACAUUAAGCUUGAUUUCUCAAGUUUAGAUCAAAUAGAUAGUAACAAUGAAGCAAAUGAGUUGUCCGGUAAAAUGGAAUGUGUCCACGUGCAAAGAAUUCCGACUAAUACGAAAAUAGUGUUAGUGGCGGAUGUUGACAAAGAUGGGGCAAACGAAAUGAUACUUGGUUUGACUGAUCGCGUGGUCAGAUCUUACAGAUGGUCAAGCAAUCUCGAGUUGGGAAGGGGAAAGCUGGUCGGAUUGAACAAAUGGGAAUGUGCUAAUCAAAUAGGGACGGUUACGUUACAGCACAUGGCGGAUGGGACGCCUACAUUAUUAGUUGCUCAACCCGGGGGAACAUUCAUGCGAAUCAAAUAUAAUUUGGAGGAUUGUCGUUUGGAUGAUGAAACUCAUCAAAAAAAUGGCGAAACAGCUGCGAGCUAUGUGGACUACCAAACAUUGGGAAUAUCGAGAAUGCGUAACCAAAAUAUCUCGACGGAAAUCAUAGGAGAUCUAGAAUCCGCGCCAGAAGUAAGGAGAGAUAGUCUAGAUCCAGCGGAAGGGCGAAAAAAAUCUGCAAUAGAAAAUUUAAAAAUCAAUAGAACUCUUGGAAACAUUGAUCUUUCUAGCGGGGAUCAAGUCGAUGGUAAUAUUUUGGGAGGCAAUGUGAUUCUAGGUGAUUACGAUGUGAAAUCGGAAAAAGAUUUCCUGUUACCUUCGUAUAAAGAUUUUUCGUGCCACGACAAUAGCAAUAACAAUAACGAGGGAAACUUAAAGGCGAAAGACAUAAAUGAAACUGACGUGACUGAUAAAAAAAAUUCAUCACAAGUCAAGCCGUACGCUCUUGCUACGUUGGACGGAACGAUAAUGUUAGUCAAGGAUGAAAUUAUUCUAUGGUCGAUGCAAGUGGAUCAUCAGAUAUUUGCUUUGUGUCGUCUAGACAUAACUGGUGACGGUUCCGACGAGAUAGUAGCUUGCGCAUGGGACGGGCAAACCUACAUUUUGGAUCAACAACGGAACAGCGUGCGAUUUCAAUUCGAGGAACCAGUUAGGGCAUUUUGCACCGGCAACUAUAAUGUGACUCCCGGAAUAUCGACGCCUUGCGUCGUGUAUAACAGCUUUAACAAUAAGAUUUUUUUGUACUAUGACGUCACGCUUCCAAGUAUGGUUACCAAACCGCUGAAUCCAAUCGAAGAAUUGAGUUUCGAGGAAGAGCGGACUUUGGACGAUCUUUUAGGAGACUGUACAGAUACGGAGAGGCAACAAAGGAUGCAACAGUUAACGGAGUGGUUGUUGUAUGGGAUGUCUUAAGAAGAUUUAAUGUUCUAGAUUGUAUAUACGACUAAAGGAAAAAAAUAUAUAUGAGAAUCGUUAUAUAUUAA